GCUAACUCUCUUUGCAUGGUGUGCUGCUCCCAUCGCAAAAGGAGAAUCAGUUUGAAGGUGUUAUUAUGGGAUAUACCGGGGUGGACAAAAUAACAGAAACACCUUGUAGUCGGACACAGCAUUCCUGCUUUUUGACGCUGAUUUAUAAGACUUAUUUUCAGAGCUUAAUGUGACUCAUUUGUGUGUCUGCCUCUGUAGUUGUAAUUUAUAGUGAGCAGACAAAAUAAGAGAAACACCACAUGAAAAAAAGGAGAUUUAACUUUGAGCUUUGAAGUCAUUACAUGGUAAUUACAAAGGCAGAUGAAUGCCGAUCAGCAGGAUGUAUCAGCAUGAAAAAGAGGUUACACAUGCACCAUUUUUGUAAGUAGGUUUUCAAGGGAAUAUGAGGCAAAAAUCAGUGAAGUAUAGACCAUAAUUGGCAUUCACAUUUGCUAAACAACACCACAAAUUACAGCCUGAGCACAGGUCGAAACGCAAACUGAAGAUUUUGAUCCUCACAAGUCGGGUAGUUAUUAUAUUGGACGGUAUUGGGUGUUUAUUUUGUUCACCCCCUCCGUGGCUGUUUGACAUAUCGUCCCGUGGACCUUAAGCUCUUCUCCAUCAGAUUGCUGCCGAGGCUGGAGGAACAACACUCCUUGUUAUCAGGCCGCCUGCCGCUAUUGUGUUAUAAAAAUCACGGCAACGGAGAGAUAAUGGGAAGAGUGGACAGAUAGGUUCAUUUUUUUUUUUACUGCACUUAUGAAAUAGCAGCCAUGAAUCAUUUACUGUGAUCACUUUGAGCUCCAUUAGGUGAACAGGCAACAUGCUGCACUGACCGUACAGCCGGAUGUGAAGAUCAUUAGAUUCAUGUUCAGACUGAUAAAUAAAGAAAACUAUUGAUGAUGAUCCAGGUUGGAAAUGGAGUCGCUGAGAUAUCAUUUUUACAGCCGAGUCAAAGGCAAACCUCCAGUCUUCUCUUAUCAGGACUGAUUAUAAAACUUCCUCCAUUGGCUACAUGUGUUGUUAUGGCGUACGCCUUGCUGAUGGGAGGAGUCUGCUGAUCGUGGUCCGGUCAGCUGGUCUUAACAUCACCCGCAGAGGGAACACAUUCACUGACACACUCUCCUGGUUUAGUCACUUGGACGACUGGUGACAGCACUUAAGUGAGGGAAACUGAUUUCUGUAGACAUGACGUCGCCUUCUGAUAGUGCCUUGGAGGUGUACAAGGAGAUGCUCCUGCUGUACGUGGAGGAGGGCCGGCGGCAGGUCAACUCCGCCUGCAAGGAGCUGGAGCCCUGGCAGAUCAUUGGGGCCACGUUCAUCACCACGCUGGGAGCCAUCUGGGUCAAAGGCUUCCUCUUCCAGCAAGAGAGUCUCACGUCCAGAAUCAAGAAGCAGUGCUUUCGACUCAUCAAAAAAAUCCCGUUUGUUGGCGUGGCAAUUCAGGAUCAGCUGAACAAGGCCUUGGAUGACAUGUCUGCCAGCCUGUGCACGCUGAAGGAGGGCAUGAGCUACACCAAACAGCUGCCCUCACACGGCCUCUCCCAGAGCCAAGUGCUCGACAGGAUCAGAGAGUACGAGACUCUGAGUGAAGUGCAGUGGGAGAAAGGAAGAGUUUCGGGUGCAGUGUACUGGGGUGAUGAAACGCUUACCAAGCUCUUGGUGAAGGUGUACGGUGACUUCGCAUGGAGCAACCCUCUUCACCCAGACAUCUUUCCUGGCGUAAGAAAGAUGGAGGCAGAGGUCGUCAGAAUGACUUGCACACUUUUCCACGGCGGGCCCAACUCCUGUGGCACCGUCACUUCAGGGGGAACUGAGAGCAUCCUGAUGGCCUGCAAGGCAUACAGAGACAUGGCGUACGAACGUGGUGUCAAACACCCCGAAAUUCUUGCACCAGUGAGCGUGCACGCAGCGUUCGACAAAGCAGCACACUACUUUGGGAUGAGGCUCGUUCACAUACCGCUCGACAAGAAAACUAUGAAAGUAGACGUGAAGGCGAUGAAGAGAGCCAUCAACAAGAACACAGCCAUGCUGGUUUGCUCGGCGCCCCAGUUCCCUCACGGGAUCAUGGAUCCUAUUGAGGAAGUAGGGAAGCUGGCUGUACGCUACGGCCUCCCUCUGCAUGUUGACGCCUGUCUCGGAGGCUUUCUCAUCGUUUUCAUGGCCAAGGCCGGCUACCAGCUGGCCCCGUUCGACUUCAGGGUGAAGGGUGUGACGAGCAUCUCUGCAGACACCCACAAGUAUGGCUACGCCCCCAAAGGCUCCUCUGUGAUCCUGUACAGCGAUAAAAAGUACCGUCACUAUCAGUACUUUGUAGCUCCAGACUGGCAGGGGGGGAUCUACGCCUCGCCCUCGGUGGCGGGCUCCAGACCGGGCGGCAUCAUCGCCGCCUGCUGGGCGACCAUGAUGCACAUGGGAGAAAACGGAUACGUGGAGAUGACCAAGAAGAUCAUCAGCACCGCCCGCAAAAUCAAAACAGAAAUCCGCAAGAUAAAUGGUGUGUUUGUGUUCGGGGAUCCAGAGGUGUCUGUGGUAGCAAUUGGCUCCGAUGUUUUUGACAUCUUCCGCCUGUCUAAUGCACUGACGUCAAAGGGCUGGAACCUCAACACGCUUCAGUACCCAUCCAGCAUCCACAUUUGUUGCACAGUCCUGCACACUCAGCCAGGCGUCGCCGAUCAGUUUAUCCGUGACGUCAGAGAGCAGGUCGCCAUCAUCAUGAAGAAUCCCAAGGAGAAAACCACAGGAAUGGGCGCGAUCUACGGCAUGGCCCAGUCCAUCCCCGACCGCUCCAUGGUGACCGAGAUCUCCUGCGGCUUCCUGGACUGCCUCUACAGCACCGAGGUCACCAAGUCCCAGACCAGCCACAUGAACGGCAACGGCAAAGCCCACUGAGACGGGACCGGGCCGGCCCGCCCCGUCCCGGCCCGGACACGCCUUGACCCCGUCCAGAAGCGAAGCCCCGCCCCCUCCCCGCCCUCCCCCUCAGAUAGUCGCUCAACAGUUGCCUUAACUUUCCCCUCCCGCGCUAAACCGACCCGCGGCUGCAAAACUCUGUGAAGCACAAGCCAUCGUUUUAAUCGACCCAGAGGGAAAUCACACGUAAUAUUGACCAGAGGAAAAAAAUAAUGGAUCCGGAUGGGUUUUUAGUCUUUUAAUUUGAUUUUAUUAACAUAACAGAAGAAGGGAAAUGUUUGUGAUUUGGGUUGGGUUUUUUUUUUUUUGUCCAUUUCGAUUUCAGUUUUCUUGUGUGUCAUGAAUCCAGACCAUUCGCUCAUAAUCUCUUAAAAUUGUUGCUUUUAGGUGUUGCUUACCUCGUGGAAGUAUUCAAUUUUUUUUUUUUUUUUUUUACAUGUGGGAACAUUUAAGCAUGUUUCCGCUUCAAUAUUUAUGACGAGUCAGUAAAAACCACAGACCACUGCAAGCCAGCGAGGCUGAACGGCUUCGCUGCGGUUUCUGUUUCUCGCACGAAACCUGAUGUACUGUGAUCGACCGGCUCUACACGUGGAGGGCCGUCGUUGGUCUACUAUUAUCAUUGUUAUUAUUAUUAUUAUGAAGUCAUGGUAAUAAUAAUCCUCUGAAGUUCUCGGAAAGCAACAUUUUUUCACGUAAAGCACUGUAAACGCCCUGACGUAUCAGGUAAAUCUGCUCAACAGCUUGAACCUGCAGUUUGUGGAGGCAGUUUCUUUAUUAGCACGACAGAACAUUUAUGUCCUUCUUUUCUUUGUUUGUUUGUUUGUUUGUUUUGUUUUUAAGCAUUUUAGCACUUAUGAUGGAAUUCACAUACAUUUUAAGUUUGCAUUUGUGAUCGUCGUCCAUUCACAGCUGUUGGAUUUGAAGAACGAGUUAGACAGCGGGAAAAUGAAAUGUCGAGAUUAUGUGGAGUGAGAAAGAUAUUGUCAGCAAGGUUUGGGAUAUUUUGAAACUGGUGGGAAAUAGUUUAUCAGCCGCUUUGAUUUCUCCAUAAUCCACAUACAGCCCCGUGUGCCGCCUGUCAUCUUUUUUUUUUUGUUUUAAUAAUUUGUCUUGUAAUUUAAUGCUCGUUCAAUUCCAUCUACCUCAGUUUCUACUCAAUGCAACCCUGUCACCCUUUCAUCCUGCAAAAUAUUCUCAGAUGCAGGGCAGUUUUUUUUUUCUUUCUUUUUUUCCAUUUGUAACAUUGUAACCUUUCAAAUGCAACAGUGUUAAGGCAUUUGCUAAACCACAGAUCACACGCACACACACGCACACACGUGUUGAUACCGAAAAGAAACGUUGCCACUGCCACUGGCGUUUUCGAUCACACCGAUUGACCAGAUUUACCUUGGAAAAUGUUCUUUCUCUGUCCCGGCGGUGAAUGUGUGCAUGGCUUGUAAACAUUUACCAGCUUGUGGACUUUUUUUUUUUUUGUAAUGGGUUGAUGUGUUAGAGAUCCAUACGCUAACACCAAAAAAAAACAACCCAUUUUGUUGUUUUAUCCCAUUUUCUUCCAUGUGUUUUUCAAAGUACCGCUUGUUGAAAUUGUGUAUUUCCAUUGCAUUGUUUCCACGUUUGUGCAAUAACCUUUCCUUUUUAUGAAGUGAAAAGAAGGGAAAUGUUGUACCAUUAAUAUUUUAGAGACAAGAAUCGUGUCACUGAACGGUGUAAUUUUACCAUUAUGUGUAACCACUGGGUGUUUUGUGUUUUAUUAAUCACACAUUUUUGUCAUUUUUCUUUGUGUUUUCACUUGUGUUUCUACAUAUUGGACGGUUUUAAGAGAGUAGGCAUGAAUGUAUUUCGGUUAUUUCAAGUCUGGGAGUCCACAACACACCUGGUUGGUGGGGGUUUUUUCUCCCUGCUGGCCGUCAGUGUGUCUGGGGGAAAAAGACUGACGAUCACCAGAGGAUGAAAUGUGGCUCUGCAAAGGGACCGGAGCUGAUACACCAACAUCUCCAUCCAUGCAUCCUUCAAAUCCUGGGUCCUGUGAGCGGGUGUGGGAACCCAUGCUCCCGGGCUUUUUUUUUUUUUUUUUUCAACAAUAUUAUCCAUCCUGAUGUUUCAUUGGGAGAAAUGCCCUCCAAAUUUUUGACGUGGGAAUGCCCAAGAAAUCCCUUUUCAAUAAAAACCUGAAACUCGCCGCCUGGCCGCACCGCAACAAUCUGUAAAUGUCGAUGAAAAACGAGCAUUUAUGAAAUGCAUCCCGGCUUGGGCUGUCGCGGCUGUCUGUUCUAAAACUAAGUAGCAAUAAGCAGCAUUCACCUCUCUGCCUUCAGAGGUUAGACUCACACCAUCAUGCCAGUUUUUUCUGUCUAACAUCCUCAGGGAUUUAGCUUCCUAGCAUCAACAGCAUCCGUGCAGUCCCACGCGGUUUUUAUAAAUGCAAAAUGAUCUUCCUUUCCAUGUGACGUUUUGAACAUGAACAGAUGAAGUGGCCUAAGAGUUUUGUUUUGUUUCGUCUUCGGUGAAACCAGAGUGUAAUUCAUUCCUUGGUUGGCAGAUUUCUUUUAAGUUAGAAAGUACCUUUUUAUUCAUGCAUAGCUGAACAAAUUUGUCCUGUUAACUCCCAGGAAGCAAACACUGUUGUACUCUCACUAGAAAGGCCACAAUAGAUGGUUUAUGUUGUCAUGUGUUUUCAAUAAAAAUGCAUUCAAUGUGAUGAA